UCAGUACCCAUGAAGGACGGAGUAAACACCACGUCUACAGAAGCAUCCACUGUCAAUUAGUAACAGUAAGUCAAUAUCGGUGAGGGUGAGCUGCUAAAAGCCGCGGAAAGGCACUCUGAAAGUGCAGUUGGGUGGUGAGAUCGACCCCCCUUCCCCUCGUCCUCCCCUCUCACACAGACCGAGGGGACCUCUCCUCCCAGCCAUGGACAGUGUGGCCAUCCUCGUUUGGUUCUGCGCCGUCGUGCCGGUCAUGGGGGAGACCACAUCAUACCUCAUCACUGCACCAAGCAUCGUUCAUGUUGAUGUGCCAGAGAGUGUAACCAUUCAGCUCCACGGAGUCGCCAAGAUGCACAACGUCAAGGUCUAUUUGUUUGAUGAAAUAACAGGACAAAAAGUAUCCGAAGACGUGGAUUUUUCUCUAACGAGAAAUAAUGAAUACCGAGAGAUUAAAGACAUUGUUGCACUCUCCACCCAUGUGAAGCAGUUGAACAUGUGGCAUCGCAAGACAGCGUAUCUCUCGUUAGCGGCAGAGUGCGCCGACCUCUUCAGCGGGAGGAGGGUGAUUAACGUCCUGCUAUCUUCCAGGAAGGGCUACAUAUUUAUCCAGACCGACAAGCCGAUAUACACCACCGAUGAAGCAAGUGAAGUACAGGAUCUACACUCUGGAUAACUACAUGAGGCCUGUGACCGAGAGCAUCAAGAUCACUAUUUAUAAUUCCAAGAAUGUCCAGUUUCACCAAAGCUUGUGGAGAUGCGAUAAGGUAUUCGCCCGACAGUUCAAUAUCCCAGACAUCGCAGAGCCAGGGAACUGGCGGAUUGAUGCAGAGUUUAACCAUUUUCCGAUGUCCCGUGUUUCCGCUGAAUUUGAAGUCAAGGAAUUUGUUUUGCCCAGUUUCAAAGUAGAGCUGAGGUCUGAAGAAAUGUAUUAUCUGAUCUCAAGAGAGGAAUUUCGAUUCAAAAUCGUGGCAAGGCACACGUUUGGGAAGAAAGUGACGGGAAUGGCGUACGUGAGGUUCGCCAUCAUGGACGAUGAAAAGCAAAAAAUCUAUCUCCGGGGGCUGGAGCAACAACUCGAGAUGAAGAGCGGAGAGGCAGUUUCUUCCGUAAAGAGCCGGAAUAUAUCGGAAAGUUACUCUUCGAAAAGUUUGAGUGAGCUUGUGGGUCAUCGCCUCUACAUAGCCGUAACCGUCUUUGAAAUAUCCAGUGGGCUCAUGGAGGAACUGGAGAUUAGCAACAUCAAGUUCGUUUCCUCCCCGUACGUCAUCGACCUAUCGAGGACAAUCAGCUACUUCACCCCUCAGCUCCCAUUCAAUGUUCUGGUCCGGGUAACUUAUCCUGAUGGGUCUCCUGCUAACAACGUCCCGGUCUGGCUAGAGGGAUACGACAGUUUCAAAACAAAAGAGGAUGGAAUGGUUGUGUUAUCAAUGUCACCACCAUCCAACACAGAGACAUUUGACAUCAAGGUAUUCGCUGGAGAUCGGACGGACGGGGAGAUCAGAGAAGCACAGAAGAAAAUUCAAAUGUACCAGUCAGAGAACAAGAACUAUCUCCACAUUUCGGUGCCACCGAAUGUGCUUGAUCCUGAGAAUUCGCUGUCUGCUGAUAUCAGCGCCAUUACAGCACCGAAUGCUGAGGCAGUCAAGUUCUAUUAUUAUCUGAUCAUCAGCAAAGGCAAGGUUGUGAAGAUUGGCCACGUGCAGAAGUCGUUGCUGACCAAACUCACUGUGCCACUGAGCUUGGAGAUGGUCCCUUCCUUCCGCCUCGUCCUCUACUACUUCAUCAGUGUCGGCGGCAAUACUGAGAUGGUCGCAAACUCCGCCUGGAUUGAUGUGAAAGAUGUCUGCGAGGCGGAGAUUGAGAUCAACGUUGAGCGGAAUGAAUAUGAACCCGAUAGUCCCGCAGGUAUAACGAUUCAAAUGGGAGAUGCAGGACAAGCAUCUCUCGUGAUGGUGGACAGCGCAAUCUAUAUCCUCAACAGCAAGAAUAAACUUACAACCAAACAGCUAUUCGAACGAAUGAACUCCUACGACCUUGGCUGCAGUUUUGGUGGAGGUGUGGACAAUGUACAUGUGUUCAUGGAUGCUGGGCUGGCUUUUAUUUCCAACAACGAUGCCUCAAAGGUUCGCGAAGGUUUGUCCUGCAAAACACAAGGGCGGAUGAAAAGAUCACUUGACCUCCAAAGGCAGUACAUGGGAAAACUGGGCCAGUACAAGGAUGAAACCAUGAUGACUUGUUGUAAGGACGGUAUCAGCUUGAACCCAAUGAGGAAACGGUGUGAGGAUCGGGCCAAGAAGGUGCGGGAUAAGAAGUGUCGGAAGACCUUCCUCGACUGCUGCCUUUACGCGAUGGAGCUGAGAAGGAACCAGACCUAUUCGGCGGAUAAUGUGGGGAGAUCGGCAGGGAGUAAUGAUGACUAUUUCUUCGAUGAGAUGCAAGUUCAAGUGCGCAGUGACUUCCCACACAGCACACUUUGGAAAACAUGCCCAGACCUGGUGAAAGGGAAAAACAGGGUGGAAUUUAUCAUUCCUAGUUCCAUAACUACUUGGGAAAUUCAAGCUGUUGGCAUGUUUAAGAAUAAAGGUUUUUGUAUUGCGGAACCCAAGACAUUGAAAGUUUUCAAACCGAUGUUCGUAUCUUUACGAUUGCCCUACUCCGUUAAGAGAAAUGAACAAUUAGAAGUGAGGGUUGUGUUAUACAAUUAUGCGCCUAUUGAUCUUAAGGUUAAGGUGUAUAUGAAUAAGGUGGAUUAUCUCUGCAGCCCAGCCACUGGGCAACUGAAUACAAGAACUGUGACUGUCACAAGCAACUCGGCAUAUUCCAUCUACUUCUCCAUCGUUCCUUUAGCCAUCGGUAACAUUCCAAUCACAGUGUUCGCUAACGCCUUUGAAAACAACGACUUUGAAAACAACGUUGUUGAUGCAGUCAGGAAACAACUCAAAGUGGUGGGAGAAGGUGUGAUGAAGACUGAGGAAACGAGCAUCCUGGUCAAUUCCAAAUCAAUGAGCUCCUAUCAAAUUGAUGAAAAAGAACCGACCAACAUGGUGCCCGAUACUGACGCCUACCUUUAUAUCCGAGCAAGAGGCGAGGUGAUGGGGGAUUCGGUGGAGAAUUCCCUGGAUGCGGAAGGCAUCGAUAACCUCAUCAGAUUACCAACGGGAUGCGUGGAGCAGACGUCCAUAAAGAUGGCGCCCGCUGUCUACGCCAUCAGGUACCUGGACAAGAGCGAGCAGUGGAUCUCGCUGAAGCCUGAACGGAAGGACAAGGCCCUGGAGUUCAUUGAGUCAGGCUACAGGAGGCUCGUACAAUUUAAAAGGCCGGAUGGUUCUUACGGCUAUUAUAAGGAUACACCUGGCAGCACCUGGUUAACGGCAUUCAUCGCUAAGAUAUUCUCAACUGUUCGCAAUCAUAUCCAGAUCGAGCAUGAAUAUGUUCGGCAAGCCGUCUUGUACGUAAUGCAAUGGCAGAGGGAGCCUGGAUACUUUGUUGAUGACCAACGGAUGUGGAGCAACGACAUGAAGGGUGGAGUCUCCGGGGUGGAGAAGCAAGUUUCCUUGACUGCUUUUGUGAUUAUCUCGUUCGUGAAUUCGUUGCCGUCCUUCCAGGAUAACGUACAGGGAAAACGACAAGUGGAACAAAGCAUCUACAAGGCUGUGGAUUUCCUCUCUAGCAAGGUUGAAGACAUUAAGAGGCCUUACGUAAUGGCCAUCACCAGCUACGCUCUGGCCCUGGUGGAUAAGACUAGUUCUAUAGCAAAGAUGGCUUACGAAAGAUUGAAGGAUUUUGACACUCAUGACACAGAAAUGGAUACUCGACAUUGGAGGAUUGACCAGAAAACGUUGAGAGGCGGAGCACGGAAGGCCUUCGCAGUGGAGGUGGAAGCCACAGCCUAUGCACUCCUGGCCGCCGUCACUAUGGAAGACCUCCAGUACGCCAACGCCAUUGUGAAGUGGCUGACGGAACAGCGGAACUACGGUGGCGGAUUCAAAUCCACGCAGGAUACUGUGGUGGCCCUGGAAGCUCUGUCGGCGUACAGCAUAGCAACCUACUCCCGACAGGAGAUCGCUAUGCAGUUCAAGUUCACCAGCCCUGGGCGAAGUGGGAGCAAGAUCAUCAAGAUAGAGAGAAGCAACGCACUGAUCCAAGAACAGCUGAAGUUUCCACUGGGUGAUGUGAUCAACGUGGAACUCACCGGUAUAGGAAAUGGAACACUUACUACGCUGAAGACGUAUCAGGUUAUCGAGGAGACUGGGAAUACUUGCGGCUAUUUACAGCUUGAAGUUACUGUUCAAGGCAAGGUGGAGUACACAGCGCAAACAAUUUACUCCGAAGAACAAGAUGCUUGGGACAUGAUGGCAGCAGACCAGCCAGUCAGUGGGAUAAACUGGUUCGAUCUGAGAUCUCGGAGAACGAAGAGACAGGCACCGGCUGAAGAUAUCGCUGAGAUACUCUACUACAAAAUCUGCUACUGGCACGUUGCUGAUGGAGUCCAAGACCAGCGUCCCUCUGGAAUGGCCAUCGUGGACAUCAGCAUGCUGAGUGGAUUUGAGCCAGACGACACAGACCUGGACAAGUUAUCGAAACGUGCUGAUCGAUACAUCGAUUCAUAUGAAUUCAAAGAUGGUAGAGUUCUGCUUUACCUUCCCGAGGUCACCACAAACAAAGAUUGUGUGAUAUUUGGGGCAAAGCAGGUGAUUCCCAUUGGGUUAAUCCAACCUGCAAGUGCCACACUUUAUGACUACUACAACCCACUGUCCCGUUGCAACUGUGUAUUACAACGCUUCCGGAUCAAGAGAACGUGGUGUCCAAACUGUGCCAGGAUGACGUUUUGAGUGUGCUGAAGGGGCCUGUCCUCGGCCAAGCAAAACCAAGGACGUGGGGGCCGGGGAACGGAAGUCUUUUGCCUGUUACAACCCGAUUGUGGAUUACGCUUACAUAGUCAACGUCACCCGUGGGUCUGUUACUGGAGCUUUCCACACCUAUACAACCACGAUUACUCGAAUCAUCAAAGUUUUUGGAGAUGAAGAUGUUGGUGUUUCUAAUCAGCGGAACUAUGUGAAACGGCGUUCCUGCCGCCUGGAACUGAAGAUCGGGAGAAGCUACCUCCUGAUGGGGAAAGACGGGAAGACCAAGGAUUACCAGAGAGAAAUGCAGUACAUCCUCGACUCUGACUCUUGGGUAGAAGAGGUGCCACCCGCCACGAUUUGCAGGAUCACGAGGUAUCGACCAAUAUGCAAGAAAUUCCACGAUUUUGUCUCCAAUCUUGAACAGGGAGGUUGCCAAACUUGAACAGGGAGGUUGCUGCAAGCAUUGGGCCCUGUGGAAUAAAUCACUCAAUCAACGAA